UUAUUAUUAAAGUGGGGAGGGUUAUUGUUAAGGUUUGGGUGUUAGUGUCCCACACAGAAUCAAGUAUUUGGACACUGUUUCCACUUCAUGACACCAUUUGAGGAAAAUUGUGGACCUUGGGAAGUGGGCAUAGCAGAAAGAAGCAGGGCACUGGACAUCACUGGGGACAGCCAUUUGAGUGUAACCAGCCUCCUCAGACCCCUACUGACCAGACCAAUCUUCCUGUACUUGGUGACAGAAUGUGAAGAAAACCAGUGAGCUGUGUCAAGCCAUCAGUGGUCCUUUUCUUGCUCUGACCUCACGACAACUGAGCCCUGUGCCCUCACAGCUCUGGCUGAGGCUGCCUCCUCUCCUUACAGUGCAGAAAUGGUUUGUGAGGUGGAAAGUGGUUGGAGCUCCGUGCUGGUGAAAGAGGCUGCUUGGACUUUCAAGAGCUGUUGGACUUCAACAUAUUCCCACCAUGUUUCAACAAGAACCCGGCCAUGGAGCAGGGCAGAGACACCUUCUCUUGUGACGAAAAGACCUUCACCAAUGUCUAUCAAAUGAUGGCAACGCUGGGACGAGGAGCCUUUGCAGCGGUCAAACUGGCUUUUUGUACGCCCACUGUAACCUACGUGGCUGGAAAGAUUCUUGCAAAUAUGAAGGAGUACUCAGCACGUAACAACAAUGAGGUUGAUAUUAUAAAAUCCCUCGUUCAUCCACAUAUCAUCAAGUUCUUUCAGGAGGUCCAGACACAAGAGAUAACGUACCUCAUAAUGGAGUACGCCUCCAAAGGGGACCUAUUGCAUCAGAUCCGCAAACCGGGAGGCUUACAGGAGUGCAAGGCUCAAAGGCUCUUUACUCAGGUACUACAGGCAGUGAAGUACUGCCACGACAACUCUAUCGUGCACAGAGACAUUAAGGCAAACAACAUCUUGAUUGACUCCACCGGUAAUGCCAAGCUCUGUGAUUUUGGCCUGGCAGUUAAAGUUGUCCCUAGGGAGAAACUAAAGAAUUUCUGCGGCACUCUGGCCUACUGCACCCCAGAAGUCUUUGGAGUGGAGCCAUAUGAUGGUUAUGCCAGCGAUGUUUGGAACUUAGGGGUGCUCCUCUACUUCAUGGUGGCCAGGCAUGUUCCGUUCCAAGCUAGCUCUUCUGCAGGCUUGAGGCAGCAAACUCUGGCUGCAAAUUUCAGCAUUCCUCAUCAUGUUCCAAUUGACAUUUUCAGUGUCAUUGUUGAACUCCUGAUGAUCAACCCUGACAGGAGGCCCACCAUCAGCCAAAUCCUGGGGCGCCCCAUGAUCAGGGACAGCCAGGAACAGGCAUCCUGUAAUCCCACACGGAGCCUCCCAGGCACCCUGAGCCCUAGCAUUGCCGGGACCAUGACAGGCAUGGGGUACAAACCUGAAGGAAUGAUUGUCUAAGAGACCAAAAAUAUAACCAGGUGAUGGCCACUUACCUGAGUCUGCAACACCGGUCACCCAGGGGAGACUGCUGCCAUCACCAGGUGAAACCCGUGAAAUCCACGCAGCCAGGCCUUAUCCUCAACCUGGCAGAUCUUCACACCUUUUCUGGGACCCUCAGGAGAGCUACUGAACCUACUCCCCCAACCUUCAUCGUGUCAUCUGAGUCCCAAGAGAAAGAAGAUGAGAAGAAUUCCAGGCAGGGUGGCAGAAAGCAUAGUGUGCCUGCCACCCUGUGCUGCCAGCCUAGGAGGAUCCACCUUGCCCACCUACCCCACCUGCGCUGUUCUGUGGCUGAUUCCCUCACAAGCAGCAGCCUGGACACCAGCGAGAAUUUCUCCCAGUUGAAGAUCGGGUUGUGUGGCAGCCUGACAGCGAGUGCCCAGCCAUCCUGCUCUCUGUACCCCCUUCUUGGGGCAAACCAGAAUGAGGCUGCAGAUGACCCAGGCGACAACAUGGCCUCUUGCAGUUCUCCAGAGAAACUCUGGAGCUCGCUGGAGACGGCUCUGCGUGUAGCCCCCAAAGGCUCCUCCCUUGGGGACACACUGCAGGAAGAGACCAUCGCACAAGAAGUGAUCACCAGACAGGAAGAGGCCAUCACCCAUGGUCAGCCCCAGAAUGCCGAGCCAGCUUCCUCCCAAAACCAGAGGCGCCACCGCUGGAAAAGGAUGAAGAAAACCAUUAUCAACUGCCUCAGACACCUGUGCUGCUGCCUGCCUUCUGCAGAGAGAAACCAUGCCUCCCAUGAGAACCAUGCCUCCCGUGAGAACCAGGCUCCACAGACAGGGGAUCCUGGAGACACCCACAGAACCAGCCCUGAAGAGGUCAAGCCCCAGCUCCGUGGCUUCUGAGCCACGGGUUGGGGAUCGGUCUGGAGGAGAUUCGGACAGCCCCUCUGGUGACCCAGACCAGAUGCCCAGGACACCGUCUGGCCACAGGCCCCUCCUGCAGAGGAAGAGCUGUCCACCGAAGAGAACAUCUAUCUCUCCAGGCCACCAUUCUCACCAGUGACAACUGGCUCCUGCACUCACCACCAUGUGCCACACCCUGAGGGACUGGUAGGUGAAAUGCUAAGGAGUGAAACCCAAAACCCAGUGAGGUGUCAGCAACCUGCUGUGCUCCCUGCCUCCAGCCUGCCUGAGUCUGCACUCAGCAGUGAACUUCUCUUAGAUGGCUUCUGUUUUUGACAGCCCCACGAAUGCAUCUUACAAAGACCAUGUCAACCUAUCUGGGUCAUAAGACCCAGAGAAGACUGUGCGACUGGUGUGGUGUCCAUCUCUCCAGCUGUCCUGGGACAUCUUCUGUGUUCAAGAAUGUGUCCCUUAUUGUUCCCCCACUGGGAGAACACAUUUCUGCCUCUUAAUUUGCUCUGUCUCUGAGCAACCCAAUCUGAGAAGAAAGGAGUAUACUCCACUCUGGGGUGGGAAGAGCACCCCAGAACCCCAUGCUUUCCAUCCCAUCAUCAACAACUCUGGGAAAGUAGAUGACACAGGAUCCUUUCCUGGCCUCAGCCACUGGACCAGGCUGAACUACUCAAACUGAGAGAACUUCUCAGGAGACUCUGGCCAGCCUGGGAGGCUGAUCUGGCCUGACACUGUGAACUUGUUCCCCUGCCCUCUACCCACUCGAACACACAGCCGCUGGUGAGUCGCUCUCUCUCUUUUGUGUGUCUGCCUGUCUCCGUCUCUGUGGUUGUGUGUUUCUCUUGCACAUGAACAACUCUCAGGCAGGCCAGCUGCUCUGUCAUAUGUUGAACCCCCAGGGAAUCAUCAAGCACUGAGGAUGGCCAUAAGCAGCCGCAAUAAUGCAAAUAUAAUAUAAAAAUUCCAAUUGAUUGUAAUAGACACGGCAAAUACAAACAAACACACAAACAAACAAGCAGACAUAACACCUUGAGUGAGCCACCCUAACAACUACAGACCCACAGAAGUAUGCUAAGGGAACACAUUCUAUCUGCAACCAUAGAUGAGAAUUGGCUCUCAUUCCCGGACAGGUGCAUUAAGUGUUAGGUGCACACUUCCAUCUUAUUUUCUGACAUUUGGUUGUGUCUGUUUUGGUUAGUAGGAACCAUAGGCUACGAACUGUUUCUCUUUGAUAGUUUUCGAGUUCACACAGAGUCUUGCCCUGUAACUCGGUCUGGACUGAAACACAGUGUGUAGUCCAGGCUGGCUUUAUAGUCCUGAAGAUGCUGCUGCCUCAGCUCCUCCUUAGCUGCACUGAAGCACUGUCAGCAUUGUGGUUUAGUCAAGGCCUCAUAGAGCCCAGGCAGGCCACUCUGUAGCCAAAGAUGACCUUGAGCAGGAUCCUCAUCUUCUCGUCUCUAACUGCCCACUGCAGGAAUUCCUUCCUGCUUUGAGCCACUCUGCCCUGUUAAGUAGGAAAACCUUCAGGACAGGGUAGGCAUGAGUGAGUUCCAGGCUGAGUAAAAACCUGUCUCCAAAAGAAUAUGGAGAUUCUAAAUAUUCUGAACUAUCAGAUCUGGAGACCAGGGCAGGCGAGAUGGGUGGACGGGACUAUGUGACAGCAGGACGUGCCAGCAUCCCUGUGUCAUCCUCGCCUGGUGGGGAAGGGAGCAGGUGUGGGAGCUUGCUGUCUUAAAAUUUAAGGUGGAAGUCCGGUAGUGGUGGAGCACCCCUUUGCCUCGGGAUGGGGAGACAGACGCAGGCAGAUCUCUGAGUUCAAGGACAGCCUGGUCUAGAGAGCCAGUUCCAGGACAGCCAGGUAAACACAGAGAAACCCUGUCUCAAAAACCAAGCAAAAAGAUUUAAGGAAUAAAAGCAUUUGAUGAAUAUUCCUGGUCUAGAUGUGUGCUCAAAGGAUGAGGACACACAGACAGACAGACGCGCGCACACACACACACACACACACACACACACAACCACGCACACACACACUUAUAGUCAUGGAUAUAUCAUGCACAAACACAUACCUGCCUUUUGUAGAGUUCUUCAACUCUGUCCUUUCUGCUCCCCUUCACUGCCGACUGUCUGUACCUUGUACUCAUGGUCGUCUUUUUUCUUUGCGAAAGCAUAUGACUCUUAAACCCUACAGUGGCCUAUCUAUUGGUUCCUUCUAAUGAAGAACACUUUCUCUUUCUCUCCUCUUGUUUUGACUCUGGAUCAGGGAGUCAAGGUCAUUUUCCAACACAGAAAGUUUGAGGCCAAUCUAGGAGGAAUGACACUCUAUUUUAAAAACAAACGGCACCUACUCCCAAAUUUUAAUGCCCCAAUCUGAGAAAACAGUGACAUAGCAGCCUAUUCCAGCCACAUAUUCCUCGCGAAUCAAAAGAUUUUUCUGACAGAGAGAAGAAAAUCAGGCAUCCAGAUGUGCAGGGCUAUUUCCUGUGACUCACAUCUGGAAUUGGCUUGAGCCAAUUGAGUUCAUCCUUGUGCACAGCACUGAGGAGCCCUUCGGUAAGUACUCCCUGCUGGCCCUGUGGGAGGCACUGACAGGAAGGUUUGGGGAGCAUGGAGAGACCCCCACCUGUGCCAAUAAGAAAGACUGGAAGGCUGCUGGCCCUGACACCCCUCAGAAACCCUGAUGUUGUGCUGCCCCCUUCUGGCACUUCUGUACCAGUUCCAUGUUAGUGCGCCUGGUUGCAGAGGUCCCUGCUUCAACUCCUGCCUCAAAGUGGGGUGACUGGGUGUGCUCUGAGGUGGUGUGGGGGAGGCUUCCAUUGCUCUGUACCCAUCUGACGUGACUUUAUCCUCCUAUACUUCAUUCCAUUUCUACAGUAUCCUAAUAAAAGGACAAAAUAGCUUUCAUAGAUGUUCUGCCCAGGGGAUGUUUCUGAAGGAACUUCAUAGACUACAUUGCUGACUCUUCAUGGCCCUGCUGUCCAUAAUGAGAAAUGAUUGGCACCAAGCAAGAGUGUAAAAUCGACCCCCUGGGUGAGAUUCAGAAGCACAAGAAGACUGACAGUGACUGUCUGUCUGUACAAUGCCUGUUUACCUUGUUUGAUAUGACUUCAUUAUGCAGAAUCCAAGGAAAAGGGCGGUCGGGCUUGCUGAAGCUCGCCACGCAAGCACCUGGAGAUGGAGACAGGAAUCCUGGGCUACCCACAGAAGCCGGGCUAUAAAAAAAAAAAAACCAACAAGGUGAAGGGCAAAGAGGAAGCAGCACAAAGUUAGUUGAAGAAGCAGGUAGAAGAUCUGACCUCCUCUCCAGGAGCAUCCCGGUGGCCAGACCUAUGAGAACGAGACAGGAUGCUGCUGCUGAGAACACUGAAUUGUCCUCUCUGGAUGCUAGAUGGUUGGCAGAGCCCAGCGAGCCAAGCCCUGGAGAAUCUUAUUACUGCUGAGUAGAAUUCAGUUGGUGGCUGCCAAGGUGAUCCCAGAAUGGUUAGCACUGUGGGUCACCUGGAUGUCUCACCUCUCUGCAGCACGGGACUAGGCGUCUCUCAGAUGCCAAGGCAGAGGGCCCCGUGCUAGGGAGAAAAGAAGGCCACCUUGAGCAAUUCUACUGGUGCUAACCCCUGCUUCUUCCUCAAUCAUUGCAAUAUAUGUUUUCUAUGUUGGAAAUAAAAUGGCACUGGUUGUUUUGA